AUGACGGCAAAAGUGAGGAGGCUUAGAAUAUGGGACACGCAAAUGGUUACUGCUGACAUGAGAUCUGUGGUUGCAAUGCCUACCAGCCGCGUGGGUUUACUGAUUUUUGCCUGUUACACAGCACUGUGGUGUAUAGGAGAGACGCUCAGAAAUAGCUCUUCCAAUCAAGACAAUGAAGUAAGAGUCCAUUCGGAAAACAUCACACGUAUUCUCGAUAGACUUCUCGAUGGAUAUGACAACAGGCUCCGACCCGGGUUUGGAGGUCCUGUCACUGAAGUGAAAACUGACAUAUAUGUGACCAGUUUCGGUCCUGUAUCUGACGUCGAAAUGGAAUAUACCAUGGAUGUCUUUUUUCGUCAAACUUGGAUUGACAAGAGGCUGAAAUUUGAUGGGCCUAUUGAAAUCCUUAGACUGAAUAACUUAAUGGUCAGCAAAAUUUGGACUCCAGACACUUUUUUCAGAAAUGGAAAAAUGUCCAUCGCUCACAACAUGACGACACCCAACAAGCUUUUCAGGAUCAUGCAAAACGGCACUAUACUUUACACCAUGAGGCUCACAAUAAAUGCAGCAUGUCCUAUGAGACUAGUGAACUUUCCAAUGGACGGGCAUGCAUGUCCCUUGAAGUUUGGCAGCUAUGCCUACCCAAGAAGUGAAAUCAUUUACACAUGGAAGAAGGGCCCCUUGUACUCAGUAGAAGUACCAGAUGAAUCUUCAAGUCUGCUUCAGUAUGAUCUUGUAGGCCAAACAGUGUCCAGUGAAACUAUGAAAUCCAACACAGGUGAAUACUCCAUACAAGUAGUCUAUUUUUACCUACAAAGAAAACUAGGCUAUUACCUCACUCAGAUUUACAUCCCAUGCAUCAUGACUGUAGUUUUGUCUCAGGUUGUGUUCUGGAUAAACAAAGAAUCUGUCCCUGCUCGUACUGUGGCGGGUAUCACUACAGUUUUAACCAUGACUACACUAAGUAUCAGCGCACGCCACUCACUACCAAAAGUGUCCUAUGCUACUGCUAUGGAUUGGUUCAUAGCUGUAUGUUUCGCUUUUGUCUUUUCUGCACUGAUUGAAUUUGCAGCAGUAAACUACUUCACAAAUCUUCAGGCUCAAAAAACCCUAAGGAAAGCAGCAAGAACAGCAGCAUUGUCUGCAGUGAUGGGAGUGCCUGAAUCAGAGGAGAUAGUCUCGCAUUCUGAUUCCAAUUCCAAUGUAAAGAAAAGAGUUAACUCCUUGGCACCUCAGAAGGAGUCAGCAGCCAACUUAGAACCAGAUACUAACAGCAACGUGCCAUCAAUUUUGUGUUCCCCUCCUGGUGUGUCUCCAUCUUCUCAACCACAACCUGACACUGGCACAAGCAAGAUAGACCAGUAUGCCAGGAUCCUUUUCCCGUUAUCAUUUGGAGCAUUUAAUCUGGUGUAUUGGAUAGUGUACCUUUCAAAAGACACUAUGGAAAUGGGAAGUUUAAUUGCUGGGUCGGGUCAAGAUCCCGGAGCAGCUGUGGGACACGUUCCAUGGCAAACGGACAAAAUUGUAAAGCCCCUGGCUGUUCGUGCAUGGGGCUCUGAGAUGCUCCGGGAGAGGGUGGUCUGCAACAGAAUAUGCCUGUACUUCGUGAGCAGUGGGGAAACUGCAAAGCCGGCACUUUCACUGAUAAACAUGAAUGCAGAACCGAUAUUUGAGGUGUCCCUGUCUGAAUAA